GUGAUAGAUUCGAUUAAAUAUAAAAUCAAUUAUAUUUUUUAAGGGAUCGUGAAAAAUAAUUUAAUUAAUUAAUUUUAAUUUUUGAUAGUUUAUAGCUUUGAGGAAGUAAAAAAAUGUCUAGUAUAUCCAAUGAUCAAAGUAUUAUUGCUCAGAAAACUUGAGAUGUUAAAUAAUGUUAAAAUCAGUAUAGUCGAUGAAAUAUACAGAUAUGAUAGGAAAGAACAAGAUAUAUUGGCAGCUAAGCCAUGGGAAAAAGAAUAUGUUUAAUAUAAAUGUAUAAUCAUUUGUACAAGUUUAACAUCAUUCUUUAGAAGUUCAUAAUAAGUAAAAAUCAUAUUUAAUUUUACUAAUGUAUUGGAUUUUCUCGAUAUAGUCCUCAUUUUUUAAAAGAUAUUAAAAUCUUAGCAUUAGCAUUAUUAAAAAUGGUAAUUCAUACACAUUCUGGUGGAACGUUAAAGGUAAUGGGUCUUUUGCUUGAAAAAGUAACAGCAAAUACAAUGAUUGUUAUGGAUUCUUUUGCAUUAUCUGUUGAAGAGACAGAAAUAAAGGUUAAUGCACAAGCUCAAGCAUAUGAAUAUAUAACUGCAUAUAUAGAAACUGCAAAACAGUUGAAAUCAAGAGAACAUAAUUUUUUUGUUUUUAUUAACAUAUUAAAAUAUCCGUAUAGGUCGGCAAACAAGAGGAUGCUAUUGGCUAGUAUCAUAGUCAUCCAGGUUAUGGAUGUGGGUUGUCUGAUAUUGAUGUAUCUACACAAAUGCUUAGUUAAAAUUUUCAAAAACCAUUUGUUGCUAUUGUAAUUGAUCCUGUGCGAACUAUUUCUGCGGAUAAAGUUUGUUUAGGAGCAUUUAUAAUUUAUCUAAAAGUAUAUUGGAAAAGUCAUAUAGAAUUAUAAAUUAUAAUAUAUUUUAUCAUAAUGUAUUAAUAUCAAAAUAAUUUGUACUAUAUUAAUGUCAGUAACUAUUCUUAAUUUGGAAGGAUAUAAACCUGCUAAAGAGGAACCAUCGAAAUAUCAAACAAUACCUUUAAAUAAAAUCGAAGACUUUGAUGUAUAUUGUAAACAAUAUCAUUCGUUAGAAGUAUCAUAUUUCAAAUCGUCAUUAGAUAGACGAUUGCUAGAUUCUUUAUGAAAUAAUUACUAGGUGGUUGUGAUUUUUCAUGUCUUGUUAUGACACAAGCAUGUAUUCAAAGAUAUAUACAUAUACUUUAAAAAUUUAAUGAAACAAAAAUAUAUUUUAUUUUCACAUUUUUAUUUGCUAGAAAGUAUAUGUAGUGAUGUAUAGGCUUUUAAUCCAUACAUCACUAUCACUUGAGCUCAUUUUUAUGUUAACCCGAACUUCAGGAUUUUCCAAAACCAAAUAAACAGGGGAGCUGCUUAAUAAGUCCCUUGCUAUUAAAAAUAGGUUCUGUACCAAAAUAUAAAAAGGACAUUAUUGCUAAUUAUCGGUGUGGCAGUAGUUAUUAAAUUUACAAAUAAAAUGAACCAAACCAAAAUACUAUAUUCUUAAUCAAA